UCACCCCCCCCCGGGAGCCACUUCCGGGAAGACGCUGGAUGAUGGAUCCGAGCGCGAAAGAGAAAGAGGCGCUGCAGCUGCUGGCCGAGGCGGAUAAGAAGGUCCGAGGGGCUCAGUCGUUCUUCGCGGGGCUCUUCGGCAGCUCCUCCCGCCUCGAGGCCGCCUGUGACUCCUAUUCCCGGGCCGCCAACAUGUUCAAAAUGGCCAAGAACUGGAGCGCUGCUGGCAAUGCCUUUUGCCAGGCAGCCCAGCUGCACCUCCAGCUGCAGAGCAAGCACGAGGCGGCCACCAACUUCGUGGAUGCGGCUACUGCUUUCAAAAAGGCUGAUCCCCAAGAGGCCAUCAAUUGCCUGCUGCGGGCCAUCGAAAUCUACACAGAUAUGGGCCGGUUCACGAUCGCAGCGAAGCAUCACGUGACCAUCGCCGAGACCUUCGAGAGCGACCUGGGGGACGUGGAGAAGGCCAUUGGCCACUACGAGCAGGCGGCCGAUUACUACAAGGGGGAGGAGUCCAACAGUGCGGCCAGUAAGUGCCUGCUGAAGGUCGCCACGUUCGCGGCGCAGCUGGAGCAGUAUCAGAGAGCCCUGGACAUCUACGAGCAGGUGGGCGCGGGGGCUGCCGACAGCCCGCUGCUGCGCUUCGGGGCCAAGGACCACUUCUUCCGGGCAGCGCUGUGCCACUUCUGCAUCGACCCCCUCAACGCCAGGCUGGCGGUGCAGCGCUACGAGCAGCUCUUUCCCGCCUUCUCCGACUCCCGCGAGUGCAAACUCCUCAAGAAGCUCCUGGACGCUCACGAGGAGCAGAACGCCGACGCCUUCACCGACGCCGUCAAGGACUUCGACUCCAUCUCCCGCCUGGACCAGUGGCUGACCACGAUGCUGCUGCGCAUCAAGAAGACGAUUCAGGGGGAGGAGGAGGAGGAUCUGCGUUAGCCCCGCCCCCCCUUUUUGGGGGCGGAGGGGCUGCCCCCGGCUGCCGAAGCCCCUCCCCCUCCCCUUUGGCCCCUCCCCCUCAAUUUACAUAUUUAUGGCUCCUAAA